AUGCCUUCAGAUACAAACCAAAAAUUCAUCCAUGACUUUGGACGCAACACAUGUCAGACCAAUUCUGGAAUAUGCAGUGCCAACAUGGAGUUAUACUGUCAAACUUCGAACGAAGCAGGAGAAAAUCCAAAGGUCUUCCACGAGACUAGUCCAGAUAUAGAUGGUUUAGAAUAUAGUUUUGUCAUCCAGAUGACAUUAGAGAUAACAGCCAAGUUAGCAUUGAACAAGGAUGAAGCUGGACGAGAUCUAGGUCGACACCCCUCAUCUCUGUUAACACUAUAUUGCCCCCAAUCAGUCAAGCCUGAAAGGAGGAAAAAUAUAACAGACAAGCACUCCACACCGUGUUCCACCGUCACAGACAAGCACUCCACACCAUGUUCCACCCUCACAGACAAGCACUCCACACCGUGUUCCACCCUCACAGACAAGCACACCAGACCGUGUUCCACCCACACAGACAAGCACUCCACACCGUGUUCCACCCUCACAGACAAGCACACCACACCGUGUUCCACCCUCACAGACAAGCACACCACACCGUGUUCCACCCACACAGACAAGCACUCCACACCGUGUUCCACCCUCACAGACAAGCACUCCACACCGUGUUCCACCCUCACAGACAAGCACUCCACACCGUGUUCCACCCUCACAGACAAGCACUCCACACCGUGUUCCACCGUCACAGACAAGCACUCCACACCAUGUUCCACCCUCACAGACAAGCACUCCACACCGUGUUCCACCCUCACAGACAAGCACUCCACACCGUGUUCCACCGUCACAGACAAGCACUCCACACCGUGUUCCACCCUCACAGACAAGCACUCCACACCGUGUUCCACCCUCACAGACAAGCACACCACACCGUGUUCCACCCUCACAGACAAGCACUCCACACCGUGUUCCACCCUCACAGACAAGCACUCCACACCGUGUUCCACCGUCACAGACAAGCACUCCACACCGUGUUCCACCCUCACAGACAAGCACACCACACCGUGUUCCACCCUCACAGACAAGCACUCCACACCGUGUUCCACCCUCACAGACAAGCACUCCACACCAUGUUCCACCCUCACAGAAAAGCACUCCACACCAUGUUCCACCCUCACAGACAAGCACUCCACACCGUGUUCCACCGUCACAGACAAGCACUCCACACCGUGUUCCACCCUCACAGACAAGCACUCCACACCAUGUUCCACCGUCACAGACAAGCACUCCACACCAUGUUCCACCCUCACAGACAAGCACUCCACACCGUGUUCCACCGUCACAGACAAGCACUCCACACCAUGUUCCACCGUCACAGACAAGCACUCCACACCAUGUUCCACCGUCACAGACAAGCACACCACACCGUGUUCCACCCUCACAGACAAGCACACCACACCAUGUUCCACCGUCACAGACAAGCACUCCACACCGUGUUCCACCCUCACAGACAAGCACUCCACACCGUGUUCCACCCUCACAGACAAGCACUCCACACCAUGUUCCACCGUCACAGACAAGCACUCCACACCAUGUUCCACCCUCACAGACAAGCACUCCACACCGUGUUCCACCCUCACAGACAAGCACACACCACACCGUGUUCCACCCUCACAGACAAGCACUCCACACCGUGUUCCACCCUCACAGACAAACACUCCACACCGUGUUCCACCCUCACAGACAAGCACUCCACACCAUGUUCCACCCUCACAGACAAGCACUCCACACCGUGUUCCACCCUCACAGACAAACACUCCACACCGUGUUCCACCCUCACAGACAAGCACUCCACACCAUGUUCCACCCUCACAGACAAGCACUCCACACCGUGUUCCACCCUCACAGACAAACACUCCACACCAUGUUCCACCCUCACAGACAAGCACACCACACCAUGUUCCACCCUCACAGACAAGCACUCCACACCGUGUUCCACCCUCACAGACAAGCACUCCACACCGUGUUCCACCGUCACAGACAAGCACUCCACACCACCAACCAACCACCAUCACACACAAGAGCACUACGCUUCUCCCAUUCGACACCAACAACCCCCCAACGAAACUAACCAAGACCGGAACAUCGCCAUGUGAUCCGCAGUAG